AUCCUUACAAUCAUGAGGGAGAUCCUCCACGUCCAAGCCGGCCAAUGCGGCAACCAAAUCGGCUCCAAAUUCUGGGAGGUUAUCUGCGACGAGCACGGCGUCGAUCCAACCGGACGUUACAACGGCGAUUCCGCCGAUCUCCAGCUCGAGCGAAUCAAUGUUUACUACAACGAGGCCUCUGGUGGCAGGUACGUCCCUCGCGCGGUUCUCAUGGAUCUCGAGCCCGGUACCAUGGAUAGCAUCAGAUCCGGACCGUACGGUCAGAUUUUCCGUCCCGAUAACUUCGUCUUCGGGCAGUCCGGCGCCGGUAACAACUGGGCUAAAGGUCACUAUACCGAAGGUGCUGAGCUCAUCGAUGCUGUUCUCGAUGUCGUUCGCAAGGAGGCCGAGAACUGUGACUGCUUGCAAGGGUUUCAAGUGUGUCACUCACUUGGAGGAGGCACAGGUUCAGGGAUGGGAACACUCUUGAUAUCAAAGAUCCGUGAGGAAUACCCAGACAGGAUGAUGCUCACAUUCUCUGUUUUCCCAUCUCCAAAGGUCUCAGACACAGUCGUUGAGCCUUACAACGCCACUCUCUCAGUCCACCAGCUCGUUGAGAACGCUGACGAAUGCAUGCACUCCUAG